CAAAGCUAAUUCCCCAUUGUCCAUUCUCUGAAGAUGUCGUUUUUGGUGCCGAUUUGUGUAUUUAAACGUGCCCUAAUCCAUCUCUCGCAGCCGUUUGCAAGCGUGUUAUGGGGUUGGUUUGUUUGGAUUCUUCGAGUCAAGUAUCAGCUGCUGAGGUUUUAGCCCCUACCUGCUUUCUUGUAGCCAUGCUGCCAGGGUUUUAGGGUUUCCCCCCCAUUUCCUCUUCUUCUGCUUCGCCUCCCAAGAACGGCCUGUAGCCCCACCCUCAUUCAGAACCCUUCUCCAGCRGAGCCAUGGAUAGAUACCAGAGGGUCGAGAAGCCGAGGCCCGAGUCGACCAUCAACGAGAAUGAGAUUCGGAUCACCACACAGGGUCCGAUAAGGAACUACAUCAGCUAUGCAACCAGUCUUAUCCAAGAUAAACGGGUGAAGGAGAUUGUUCUGAAAGCAAUGGGACAAGCAAUCAGCAAGACAGUGGCCAUUGCAGAGAUUAUAAAGAAGAGAAUCCCUGGAUUACAUCAAGAAACUGCCAUUAGCUCAACAAGCAUAACUGAUGUUUGGGAGCCCAUUGAGGAGGGUCUUGUACCGUUGGAGAUGACUCGCCAUGUUUCAAUGAUUUCAAUCUCUUUGUCAACAAGGGAGCUAAACAAGAAUUCUCCUGGGUACCAAGCUCCAUUACAUGUAGAGCAGCCAAAGCCACAAUACCAGUAUCAGCAACAGCACCAACCGAGACAAACACCUGCUCCAGUUGCAGAUCCUAAUGAAGAUUCAUAUGGCCGGGGAAGAGGUCGUGGUAGAGGAAGAGGGAGGGGCUGGGGAAGAGGUGGAUAUGGCAACAAUCAAGAAAAUGGCGGAUAUUGGAACUGGGGUUGGGGAGGCGGACGAGGCAGAGGUUGGGGCUAUCGUGGUGCUGGAUAUGUAAGAGGCAGAGGCUAUUAUGGUCGUGGCCGGGGAAGGAUGGGUGGCCGGAUGGGUGGCCGUGGGAGGGGUGGUUACCAAUCCUAAAUGGGGGUAUGGUGUUUGCUCUUGCUAAAUGCUUGCCUUGGCAUCAUAGUAUGGAAACUAUUCGAGGACUGGAUUUUGGAGCAUGAGAUUGUAGCUUAUGCUCACGAGUUGUUGAAGCAGUUAUUUUGUCCUUGUUCUCUAUGGUAUGAACGCGGGCGGUCUUCCUUUAGGUUUUUGUUGGUUUUAUUCAGCCAAGAGCAAGAGUCGUUGCUGUAAUUUGUUUUCACUCUGCUUCCUCUACAUUGUAUCUAUAUCUCAUUUUUCUUAGUGUAUCUAUUUUCUAAGCUUCUUGUCCCACAGUUCUUGUUUUAUUUGAAGCAGAAUUGCUAAAUUUGCAUGUGU